UAAAUAUAUAGCUUGUUUGCUGAAAAAUAAAACCGAUACCUCUCUUGUUUCAUCUCUUUUGUUGGUCUGAAACUGUUUGGAUUCAGGCAAAUGGCUAUGGCGUAUUCAUGUCAGAUCGGUGUCCCUCUCCAGAAGCCAUGUCCCGUUCCCAAAUCUGUAAGAAGAACCACUUCGAUGCUUCAACAGAGUCGAUUACAAGUCAAGAAAGUUGCUGUUUCUCGCCCUCAGUCCAUCAGAUUCUCCCCCAAGAACAAAGUUUUCGAGGAUCCAGUGGAAGGUAUUGUCUGUUACAGAGAUGGUAAUGGAGAGAUCGUAUGUGAAGGGUACGAUGAAGGCCCUCGGUAUCUCCCACAGAGCUCAAGAGUAAUAGCUUGUUACUCAAGAGAAGCAGAGAUUCUUGAUCUUCUGCAACGCAGUUAUCAACAGCUGAUAGAUUCGGGGAAGAAUCAUAGACAGAUAGCUGCUCCACAACAAGGGCUGAUGUCGAUCAAGUGGAGCAGCUUCAAUCUGUUCUAGUUAUCCAGAAACAUUAUAUCUCAUCUUCUCCAAUUUUUUUUUUUGGUUUCUUUCAUUUUUUUUUUGGGGUCAAAUCAGUUCUCUCGUAAUGGCCUCCUGAAUAAAAAAACAUUGUACAAAAAGAAAAAAGGCCAUGUGAAAGAAGCAGACAGUUGCUUCUUCUGUAGAUUUCUCUUGUUAAAAAAAAAAACAGAAGAUGAAGAUCCCAGAUUCUGUUUGAAUCUGAGUUACAGAUUCAAUACUGUAUGUAAGUUUCAAUGCAAUGUUUUUUGGGUUU